UUUGUCUAGCGCCACUUGUAGACGUUGGUGUCCAAACUCUCGUUCCAGAAACUCAAAACAACAUAAUUCACACGCGGUCAAUAUUUUUAUUCAACAUUAUUAAUUAAUCGUAGCAAUGUAUUGAUGUGAUCGUAACCGGUACAUUAAUGAUAAUAUUAAUAGGUGCUUAAAACUUUAUUAUUAUUACUGAUUCACUGAUAAACACCGAAGAACGCGUCGGACUUCCCCCCCGUGAUAACGUAUAAUAUUGAUUAAGUGGUUGAGUUAUCGUCGUUGUCGUCGUCGUUGUUGUGACGGUGGCCGACAAACAGUGAAUCUGCUGGAUGGGCCGUUGCAUGAUUUUCGUGUCACUCAGCAAUAUUUUCUAGUCCUAACUACGUAGCGUUCGAGCAAACUGUGUUUCGUAUCGUCUGAUGGUAACAGUUCGGCUACGCCGAUAGUUUUGUUGUUCUCUUUUUUCCUCUUGUUUCUCUCUCUCUCUUUCUCCGUCUCGCAUGCACGCAAGUGGGACAAAUGAUCGUGUGCGAUAGCAGCUUCUGUAUGAGUAGUAGGUGGUGGCACUCCGAAUAAUAAUAAUAAUAAUAAUAAACAGUAAUAAUAAUCGGAAGAAAACAAGAAUAAUAAUUUAUAUUCUCUGGUGCGCCGUUCAAAAUUCAAAUCGCGUUUCUGGUACGACCGCAUCGUUUUGGCGUGUUGAAAACAAAUGAAGGAGAAGAUUAAAAAAAAAUGUGAACUUUGCACUGUCGUCUACUGCUGUUGUACACGACUAACCACGGAACGUUCUAUAUUUGCGAUUUUCAGACAUGCUUCAGUGUACCGCGUGAGUGACGUCUGCGGUGCUAUUAGUUUUUUACACGGGCUGGUAAUGUACGCUGUGUUUUUAAUUUCCGUCUGGUCCGCUACAAUGACUGAUGGAUAUUGAUCGAUCCAUAAAUGGGUGGUUUGAAAGGAUAAGCUUGAUUCAGAGGAAAGCUGAUCACUACAAGCUUCGUCAAGAUAUUCUUUCAUUAUUAUCAAACAGCGAAGAUUCCUUUGACUUUUACAUUAAAUCGAAGGGAAUCACAAUUAGAGCAAAUACUUGUAUAUUACGCUGUCGUUGUCCACAAUUUUACUAUGAAGUUAUUAAGAAAGUUAAUAUUGGUAAUUUGCCAUUAUAUUUAUUAGAACAAAUCUCAGAUUUCAUCAAGUGUGUUUAUUCUGACAGUGAUGUUACUGCACAUGAAAAAAAACUAAUUAAAUCAAUUAAUAUUGAUAAUUCAAAAAAAAAGAAACACCUAUCAAUUGAUUUAUGUGAACCUAAACGAAUAUCUUGUGAUAUCAAUCCAUUAUAUUAUUCUUUAGGUCAUUAUGAAGAUUUUUCUUCAAGUGAAUUUAGUGAUAUUGAACAAUGUACACAAGAUUAUAUUGAAUCAGUCAUUUUAAAUCCGUUGAUCAUUGGCAAUCUUUCAUUGAACAAUAUGAAUAUUAAUUUAAAUAAUUCAGUGGAGUCUCAUCUAAUUAAAUCUGAAACUAAUAGCACUUGUGAAGAGCCAUAUGUUCAAACAACUGGAGAAAGUUAUGUAGAUGAAAAAUGUUCAGUAAAAAUUAGUGGAUCAGAACUUGACAACACUAAGGUUGAAAUUGUCAAAAAUCAAUCUUGCGACUUAAAACAUGAUUUGGUUAAACAACCAAAUAUUUCUGAUGUUACAAAGAGUUUUUUAAACCUGGAGCUUGCUACUGAAUUCAAAAAUACAUUAGAUUCAUCAGCUAAUGUUCAAAAUCCUAAAAUAAAUUCAUUAGUUAUUGAAAAUGAAAAGAACAACUUAAACUAUUGUAAACCUAAUAUCUCAAAUGUUGAUAGUUUGUUAAAUAAGAAUUUAAAUAAAGAUAAUAUUUUAUAUAACAAUGAUAAAAGUAAUAAAAUGAAUCAAGAAACUGAUGAUGAUCUAGAUGUUGUAUCACCACAUAAUUUUGAAACUUUUACUGUAAUUAAUAAAAAUAAUGAAACCGGAAACAUUUCUUGUGAAUAUAAUAUAAAAAACAGUACUAAUAAAAGUGAGCAGGAUUCAUUGAAAAAUGAAUCAAAUAACUUUCAGACAUUUACUGUAAUAAACGAAAAUAUAAUAGAUAAUGAUAAUGAAUCUCAUAAUGACAUAACUGUAAACAAUGAUCUAUUUGAACCUGAAACUUCAAAUGAUUAUAAAACAUUUACUGUUGUGAAUGGAAUUAGUGUAUCUCUUUUACAAGAUCAACCAUGUAGUUCAUUUAAUUCAAUUUUACCAGAUAGUAAAACAUUAAAUAGUAAUAAUAGCAUAGAUUUAGAUUUACUACCAUCAAUUCAUACACCAUCUGAAUUUAAUGCAAUGGCAUUCUUAUCACCGUCAAACCAAAAUGUAUUUAACAAAAAAGACAAAAAUGUAGUUAAAGAAGAAGAUUUAUCUAUAAGUCUUAAGAAUGGUGAGAAUGAGUAUAAUUUAGAUAAAUAUGAUGAUAUUGUUCCUGCAAAGGAAGAAAUUUCUAUACUUAAUGAGUUUUAUUAUCCAAUUGAUCUUAAAGGAGAAGAAACUAUUAAAAAAGAAGUUUUCAAUACAAAUAAUUUUAAUGAUUCAUUAACAUCAAAUGAUAAUACCUUAUGUUCUAACAUGAUACAAAAUAGUGAUGCAGUAAUAUCUAGUAAAUUAUACAUAGAUAAUGAUAAUACAAAUUUAAAUUUUAUUUCUGAAAAUAAUCAAAGAAGUUAUAAUUUAAAUUAUCAGCAUUCAGAAAAACUCAAAAGUACUGGUGAAUCUGAUAGUACACUUAGUUUACAUCUUGAAAUUUUUGAGAAUAACAAAGGAAUGAAUUCCCCAGAUUCAUUAAAUGAAGAUGAAGUGUUUGGUUUGGAAGAAAAACCUGUUGUUUCUAAUAAGCUAGAAUUUGUUCCUUUAGAAUCAACACCAUUAAAAGAUACCAAAAGUCCACGUUUGUCUAGGAAAUAUAUGGAAAGUUCUCCUGUGAUAACAGCCAACGCUUAUAUUCCUGAUGUAGAAAUAUUAUCAACUGUAGAAGAGAAAAGCGAACGAAAGAACUCUAGUUCAUUUUUUAUUGAUUUCAAUGAAGGUAAUAAGCCAAAAAAUAAACCAAAACGUUUUGAAAAUCUUACAAAAUCCUUAGAUUCUAGUACGAUUUCUAAUAGUAAAGAAAAAAUAUUCUCAAUGUUUAUCGAUUUUAAUGAAGAUUCUGAAUCAAGUGAAUCGUCAUCUAAAGGUACUAAACAUCGUAAGCCCCAAACGCUUGCUGAUCGAUUUGUCCGAAUGCACAGUGAAGAAGCUAGUAAUACCAAAAGUAAUGACAAUGAAGAUACUGUGACUCCUCCUCCAAGUCGAAUGACAUCAACUGUAGAAAAUUCUUCUGUUGACAUUUCUGAAUCAUGUAAAAAACAAAGUAUAUUUAUGUUUAUUGAAAAUGAUUCACCAACCCCAGUUAAAAGAAGAUCAUUACCUCAGAGUUCAAGACUUAAAUCUCAAAGAAAUUCUUGGAAUGUUGAUAGUACAGUUGUUCAUAAAACUCAUCAUAGAACUCAUAGUAUAAAUUUAUCUGAAGAAAGUCACCUAGAUGCAAGGAUGACCCAAAGUCAUAUAGAAACUGGGUCUAAAGAAUUCUAUAAACCUCAAGAUUCAUUUGAUAUUGUAGAAUGUAAUGUUUCAGUUACGGUAAAUGGAGCUAAGGACAGUGGAAUAGGUUUAGUUGACUCUUUUGUUCGACUUUCUGAUAUGGAUAAAGCACCUUCUCAAGACAUUAUUAGUAGUUUGAAUAAAAAUGAAUCAAAAUCAGAGUCAUUGAGACGAGAUUUAAAAAAUACUGAGUUAGGUAGAUGUUUAAAACGAAUGUUUCCCUAUUUAAAAAGUACUGAAGUAGAACGAAUAUUACUCUCUAAACCACCUCAUUCUCUCAACAGUAAAGAAGAAAUUAAAACAGGUCUUGGAAAAGAUUUAUUGCGUAUGUUUUUAGAAGAAAUUGGUGCUGAUACAACUAUUGAUGUUAAUGGAAGACGAAUUAAAGCUCAUAAAUGUGUUUUAACUUCAAGAUGUCAAUAUUUUGCUGCCAUGUUCAGUGGUGGAUGGGUACAAAGUGCUGGAAAUGUAUUAUAUUUAAAAGGGUUCUCCUACAAGACUGUUCAUCUAACAUUACGAUACAUUUAUAGUGGUGAAUGUAAUUUCUCAGAGAUAAAAAAUGUUGCAGAAUUAUCCAAAUUAGCUGAUAUGUUAUGUCUUGAAGGUUUAAAAGAUAACAUAAUGUUGUAUUUAGCUGCAGAAUAUUGUCAUUUUUUUAAAGAGGUUUGUGAGCGUUGUACUGUUGGUAUUCUUGAGUGUUUGACAUUAAGUGUUGCAUAUGGACUUGAUGAUCUUUAUUUAUCUUGUAUUGUUUGGAUAAAUGAUAACUUUUCAGUUGUCUGGCCUACAAACCACUUUGUAUCACUGCCUCAGGAUUUAAAAGUCAAAUGUUUCAAACAUAAAGUUGCACACAUUGAUGAUCUGAAUGAUGUAUUGAUUGUGACAGAAGGCUGCGAAAAAAUAAAAAAAAAUUUACCAAAUGAAGAAUGGGCCAAAGAACUAGUAGACUUAACUACAGAUCUUUCAAAUAGUGUAGUAAAAUAUUUAGCCAAACAUUUUUACUCAACCAUCACCUCAAAAUAUUUCAAACAAAUACUUGAAAAUGAAAAUGUAUUUGCUGACAGUUUUGCUACACAUUUGUUAGCUUCUUGUAAUUGUGCGAAUAGAAAUCAAAUACGGCAAGCUUAUGAUCACUUAAACAAGUCGUCAUCAAAUAAUUUUUGGCAUGCUCGAGGUGAAAUUUUAGUAAAUGCUAUUAUGGAGCUGAUUAUUAAAGGUCUAGCAUCCGAUUUCAGAAAUGGUCGAGAAAGACAAGCAAUGGGUAGUCUUCCAAAUGAUUAUCGUAUGUCUGAAGCUCUUGCUAAAAGAAUUGCUAUUGAGUUAGGUGUAUCUAGAUUAGAAUUAGCAGCUAAUGGAACUUUAAUAACAUCAAGUCCUAUUAAAAAAAUAUCAACUAGCACUAAAGUAUUAAAUAAAACAUUUGAAAAUAAAGUUAAGCCAAAAUCUUCUGUUGAACAUGUUCCAAUAACCAAAAUUAAAACUUCUGGAAAAUUUGCUGAGGUUAAAUCAAGAUAUAUGGAACCAAAACCACAAAUCACUACACCUAUACCUCAAAAGAUAUUGACUGUUCAUAAAGAUUUACCUCGUGGCCGUCGCGUUAUGUCAUCAUCAACAUCACUGACAUCAUCUCCUAAUAUUCGAAAUACUGUAUCCAAUUCAAGACUGUCUACUAACCGAGUAACCAAAACAUCUUCUGAAUUAUCUUUGUCUACUCCUAAACUAAAAACCAAAACUAUCUUGCCUAAAACAGAUCCUCUACCAUCUAAUACACGUACAUCAUCCAUUGCAUCCAAAAUCACACCUAAAAGCACUAGAAAACCUGUACAGAAGAAUUUUAAUGCUAAAAUAUUGCCCAAUGCUAGAACAUUAAAUGGUACAAAAAAACAGACUAUUACUCCAAAAACCAAAUUAUUACCAAAUGGGCAUCCCACUAUAGGAUCUAGGUCAGGUACAUUUUGUAAAGAUGAACCUACUGUUAUGCAUAGUAAAGAUAUCACAAGUUAAAUAGGUUUUAGUGGGGUACUAUUAUACAUAAAUACUGGUGAUAAAUAUAUUUAUUAAUUUUUUUGAAAAAUAUGCGAUUGUGUUUUGUUAAUUAAAAUACUCAACCAUUACUAAAUAAUCUAAAUACUCAUACAUUUUACACAUAUGUUGAUGAACAAGAUUACUUUUAAUCAUUAAAAUUACAACUACAAUCUUAUGUUCUUUUU